AUGCCCGACAUGUACGCCUUCCAGCCGAGCUCAAAAGCCCCCUCACAAUCCGAGAAGAACGACGCAAGCCUGCAAUACACACCAAAUAUCAUCCCAUGUCGGGUCCACCACGACGGACCCGUAGAGUCUGUCGAGCGGUAUUGGACACCAGUGGCAGACAAAGAUAAUACACAAACGGCGUAUUUCCGCGGCCGCAAACUUCGUGGUCGGCGCGUUGCCCUCCCGGAUGGUUAUCGAGGUGUUGUUGCGACGCCUACGGACCGUGUGUUACCGAGUCAGCAGGCAGACCGGGAUGCCGUUGAGGAUGCCGAGCCUGAAGAACCGGUCAAGGUAUUGGAGACGCAUGGUACUUUCGAUGAGAUUGUAGUGUGGGGUCAUGAGGCCUUGCCUGCGGCGGAUGAUAUGUUUGUCAAGGGUGUGGAGGAGUGGUUGCAGUUUGCAGAUGCGAUGCAUACUACCCCUAUGCCAGCGACUAGUGGUGCAAAGGAGUCUGUUGCUGCAUGA